AAAAAUAUAAUAUUGAAGAGCGCGCGCUGGUGACUUACAAUUUUUGCAGUGCUGCUUGGCGGAUGACGGGCUGGCUAAACAAUUGACGUAAAUUUGUGAAAAGAACAUGAGAUGUCUGCAUGGAGUGACCAUCAGCAUUUAGCCCGCGCUGUUAUCAUCUGUUGCUUCCUGCUGCCACUGCUGCUACCAUCGAUCACGAACGCUGCAGCACACGAGCGCCGAGCGCUGCCCAAGGAAAAGAUGCAACGGCAGGACUCUGCCACCUGGCGAAGAAUGCUGGAGGAUGGCAGGCGGCUGCAUACACAGCUACUGUACGAUGCCUAUCGCGAUAGGCUGCGGAACACGGACAGCGAGGCAGUGGCUGAGCCGCUGAAUCAGGAGAAGAUACCCGCGGCCCAUUCGCCCAUCGAAUACGCAGCAAUGGAGGAGCAUUCAGUGGAGUCGGGGAGAGGCCUUGAUCGACUCUCAAAGGAAGAAAGGGAAGGAUCAGCCGCUGGCAAGAGGCCCCCAAUCAGUGGCAUGUUAAUAUUGAAAAUGAACAAUGAAAACUCAGCCAUCAAUGCAACGGCAAGGGCGACUCAUAAACAGGAACCGGAAGCGGCAGAAGGAGACCAGCGGCAAUGCAAGCCAACUGGAAUGUACAGAGAGAGCGGAGCCACAAAACUCUCCAAUGAGCAGCCAGCCAAAUCGCUGAGGGACACCUUAAUCAAGUCCGGUUCGUUUGGGCUCAGUGCCUUGACUGGGCUAAUGGAUGUGCUCGACCGGCUCGAGCAGGGCGAUAUGGUAAGCGAACUGGCGAAAAGGAUCAGCGAGGGCAUGGAGCCACAGCUGAGCAGCAACAGCAGCAGCUCCCUGCUGGGUGGCAGGGUCAAUUUAGCCUCAGAUGAGCUGCUCGAUAACGUGGAUCCACAGAGGGCGGCGACUAAUUUCAAGCACAUCCUGAAGGACUUGAAGAAGCGACGACCGAGUGACCAGCUGGGUGGGCUCUAUGACGAUUACCUGCAGAUAUUUACCCAGGCGCUGAGUGAUCAGAAGUGUCCACGUGCGUCCCCUCGCAGAUCGAAUGGACUGAAGAUGAGUCAAUGUCGCGCAAAGCCAGCGAGCCUGGCCGCUGAUCGGGCUCAAGGACAGACAAAGAAAAAUAUCAAGUCGAAGGUGUUGGCACCGGAAACCGAUUACAUGAAAGCCCUGGAUACGUUCCUUAAGAUGGGCAAGGAGAAUCAGUUGAAUGGCGGCCUGAAGCCCUACUACCUUCCGACAUCCAAGAACCGGCAACUCAUCUGGAACGAGGUGCCGCUGAUCAAGCCGGGACUGAGUCCGGAACCAGCCCAUAAACUGAAAGCGGAGAGCAGCAAGAAAAUGCGACUUCACAGCGACAAAAAGAGACUCAAAUUGUUGGCCAGCGAUGAGCAUGGCUCCAAAGUGAAGAUGAAAACGCCACCUGCCCCAGCGGUGGAGGGUUGUGCUUCGGCUCUGGAUCCCAAUCAAAUUAUAAAUGGCCUAAAGGCCAUCAAGCAGACGCCGUUCUACAAUCUGUACGAUGAGUACCAGAGGCAGAUGCAGAGCCUCAAGCAGAGCCUGCAGUGCAAGCAGGACUGGUGGCGGGAGGUGAUGGACAAGGGCGCGGCAUUCGCCCGGGCACUCUCCAAGCGGGAUGUGCCCAAUAAUCUCUAUCCGCUGAUAGCGCGCGGUGCCCCAGUGCCCUUUCCCGAGGCACUAAUGAAUCAGGCCACUGGCAUGGGCCAGUCCGUGCCGCAGAUUGGCGGCAAUAUGAUGGACAAUAUGGCCAGUCAAAUGAAUAUGUCGCCCCUGGAGUUGGCCCAGCGGCUUGUGGGCACGAAUGUGCGUCCAGCUACAGCUUCUGGCGCUGCGCCCAGUGCCAUUGCUUCAGUUGGUCGCAUGCCUUCAGGAUUUGGCCCGGUUCAGGGACAGUUGGGAAACCAGAUUGGCAGUGGACAGGUUGUGAGUUUGCCAUUAAAUACCUUUCGGAAAUCGUCGCAGCUUGUGCCGCAACAACAGAAACCGCCCCAAGAGAUGGUCAUACAAGAUCCGCCGACACAAGAGUCGCUGCCACAGGACCAACCGACACUGGAGCCAGCGAAAAAUGUGUCAAUGCCCAAACAGGAGCCGCCCAAACAGGAGCCAUCCAAACAGGAGCCAUUGGGCAAAGAUAAGGAUAAGGAUCCAUCCAACAUAGCCCCAGUGCUGGACAAGAUACUGCAGCGUUUGGAGACAAUGCAGGAGAACAAAUGCAAUAACGCGACCUCCGCCGAUGAGAAGGAGCUUCAAGAGCUGCCCUGCUGUUUCGCCGAUCCAGCAGAUGGUGCACCCUGCGACAUAAAUGGUUCCUGGGAGUCCCUGGUGCUGGGCGUGCGCAUCAAUAUACGAACGCCCAAGAAAGACAGACUGCGCGAGGGGGAGAAGAAGGCAUCGUGCUACAAUCCCAAGGGCGACAAGUCCCGGCGACAGUGCGUGAAGAUUAACCAGUCGCAGCUGAAGGACAAGUCGGACGCCAAGAAGGAUGAACUCCUGCACACCGGCCUGACGCUCAAUAUCAGUGUGCAGGAAACGGUGCCGCCCCGAGCCCAUGUGCUCAUCGAGAAUCUCACCGAUUGGGAUUUUUCGGGCCAUGCACUGGGCGUGCUGGGCGGGCCCGUUUCGCUGGCCUUCCGCAAGGUCAAGUCCAAUCUGGUGGGCAACUUUGUGGGCUAUUGUCGCACCUGCGGCUGCGUGGACACCAUUUUUGGUUCGUGGACCUUCUGUCAGCCGUCACGCGAUUGCCAGGACAUCACCAUGUCCAUUGUGGAUAGACGGGAUCUGCUCAGGCGCUACAGCCUGGACGAGAAGCGCAAGAAUCGGUACAAGGAGCAGCUCUAUUUGGGCAGCAAGUUCGCCCGCGUCGAGAAGGAGCGCAUGGAGGCGGAGCUAAUGAGAUUCGAAAAAUCCACUCCCCAGCCGCAGCUGCAGCUGCAGCUGCAACAGAAUGAGGCGGCAGCUCCACGCUAUUGGUAGUUUGAAAAGUUCAAUUAAGUUGUUCAAUAAUUUUCAUGGUUGCAUUUAUUUAUUUUGUAUUCAUUACACGUUGCCCCAUUGAUCAGUAUUCUGAUUUUGCCUG